UGCAGCUAGACGAACGCAGAGUAGUAGAGCAAACUUGAUUCAUUUAACAAUUCAUGUAUUCGACUUCCAGAGUGUUUCGACUAUUGGCGUCACGGCGCGUAUAUGAGAUUGAUGGAAAAAACUGGAUCAUCUCAAACAGACAAAAAACAUGUUGCAGAUACACCGGAAGUGUCAGAUGAAACUGAAGAGGGUGAGGUCGACGAUUGUUCUGAUCAGGAGGAAAAUGUAUCAGGUACGAAACUGAAAUGGGUUGAAAUUGCUUAAAGAUCCUCCAAGUGACUGUAACGUUUCAAAUUCGAACGACCACCACUCUUCGAACCCUCAAAUCAAAAAUGUUUCUAAACUGUCCAGUGUAGAUGUCCCCAAGCUACACAAAAAUGACUCUUCACAGUCAACUCUCAGUACAGUUAUUCCAUCAAAGCCAACAUAUGAAAGUCCUAGCAAUUUCAAAGAGAACAUAAACCAUAUACAACAUACACCUAAUGAAAAGCAAAUUACUUCUAAUCACACAAAACAUUUCAGUAAGCAUCGGCAUUUAUUGAUUUCGUUUUAGCUCCACGAACGUCGGAGGAAGUUGAACCACUGCAUAUUCCAGCGUCUGCUUCACCAUCAAACAAUCCUCUUGAAGGUCUGAAAAAUUUGGAAAAGGUACAACUUCAAAUGCAACUAGCACUAACUAAAAUUCAGAAAAGUGACAACAACACUAUUCCGUAUCUACCGUUCUCUCCGCCAGUGCAAACUGUUACCUCAAGUGUUCCAUCCACUCUAGUAACGUCAGAAUCUAAUAACUGCUUCAAUUCAUAUACAUCUUGGCAAGCAGCUGUUCCUUCCUCAACAUCUUUUGGUUCUCAGCAUGAAAUUAUUAAUGUGCAUGCGAUGUAUCAACAGGCUUUGCAGCUCUGUCAGCGUGUUUCUGCUACUAUUGGGUCCACCCAAAAUGUCAACAUCCAGGCACCACCGUUUGGCGUUCCUGUUGUUCCUUCCUCUUCAAAGGUAUCUUCCCAACUUUUCCCAAAUAUUCAAACUUCUGUUUGUGUUCCUGACCGUUCAACAAAUCUCUCAUCAUCCACACUAACUCCACUGCAGAAAUCCCCCCAGGACAUUGACCAAAGUUCCUGUCCAGCUACAAUGAUUUCUAAUCAAACACAUCUACCUGAUAUGCAAGUUGCUUAUUCAUUGGCUUACUCUGCUGCCUAUCAGGAGACUAUAAAAUACAUGUCUUCCAGUGUUGGUGGCAGUUUGGUACCUAAUACUCCGGAGUACGCAUCGCAUUGGCAUCGUUCUUUUAAUUACUAUUUGAAUUACUACUUACAGGCUCAUAACUUUACUUCGGAGUUAACUAAUGGUCAACAAGCAGUCGAUUUCCCUCUCACUGGCAUUCCAAAACGUCCUCUUAAUGAUGAAUCAUCUUCUAUCAUCCAAGAUGCUACAAAUAAUCAUGACUUCAAGCGCUCACGUCUUUCACCUGGUGGUGAUGCAUUCACUAGCAUUCCAUCAAACUCUAUUGAGCAUUCCUAUAUUCAGAAUAAAUCCCCUGGAACUAGCGAUGGUGGAGAUGAUAACGGCUCGAAACGUGAUUUAUCCUCAUCAAGAUGUGUGUGGAUCAGCAAUGUUCCUCAAGGCGUUCGAGCAUUAGAUGUCAAAGAAAUGUGUUCACCUUAUGGGAAGGUUCAAAGCAUAAAAAUUGUCAAGAGUAAAAAAAGUCGAUCGCCGUCUAUUUUCGCUUAUCUAAUCAUGGAAACUUCAGAAGCUGCAGUCCGUCUUGUACAAGGUUUACAGGGGGUGAAGUAUUUUCAGAAUGAAUUGAAAGUCAAGCAGAUUAAUGCAAUUCGUUUCCCCUAACCAGAACUGCUGACUGCGAGAUUCUUCUAAAUUGUUAAGUAUUUUUUAUCUAAAUUUGUUCAAUGAAUUUAUUACUUUUGUAUUAUUGUUUGUACACAUUUUAUUUCCUCGAUGCAUUUAUUUGAUUUUCAGGUAAUGCUGUGUAUUUUCUUAGUGAUUUUUAAAAAACGUGUGUGAAAAUGUCUACUUUUUUCGUUUGUUUUCUUUGAAUCUUCUCAACACCUUCAAAUUUUAAGAAUUAUAUCUAUGUAUAAUAUCCAUCAUGUGAUAUUCCCGUUGCCUGUGUAUACGUAGAGACAAUCAAAUUUGAGUUUGGUUAAUCAGUUGCCAGGUUUUUAUUUUGUAUUUAUUUGGAAGCAGUCAAUGGAGGCUGUUUCUUGCUGCAUCUGUACAUGUAUAUUACCUUGUUAAGACAAUUUGUGUAAAUUACUUAAAUAUCUUUCUUCUUCACAUUUUCUUUUGGAUUAUUCCUUUCACUUAGUUACUUUCAAUGCAAUCAACCAGUUCACUGAAUUUUCUUGUUGUUAUCACCACCAGUCACAAUAAGCAACAAGGAGGAACUAGAGGAGACAAGAAUAAUAAUAAUACUAAUUUAUUCGAAGAGGAUAGAUGGGAUUGACUCAGUGGGACCUCUAUUAUCGAGUCUUUAGGCCUAUAUUCCUUAUAAGUAAACUAGUGAUAUUGGUACUCACUUUUUAUGCAGGAUCGGUAGCUGUGAUAUCUCUGUACACGUUACAAACGAACUUUGGAUACAUAAUGGAAUUGCAAAAGACACUAGUAAUAGUUGAAUAGCGCAUUCAUCAUAAAGAGAAUGUCAGUUAAGGGACGGAUUGCAAGAAGGUAAUUAUGGUAUCACUAGAAUUACCCAAGUGACCGUUUUCGAUUUAAGAGAACUCACCGCUGCAACUUGAUAUUGUCUUUUUCUCGGAUUCUCGAGCCCAUGUACCCUCCGGGUUUGCAACCAGUUUUCUUCGGUUCCCCUAGCUAGGCCAGCACGUUACACUCACCCUAUUUUGGGGGAAUACUCACAUGGCAUGAAGGCGGUGAGAAGGAGUUACCACGCAGAUAGUGUGAACUAGCGGCCACAUGAUUGCAUUGCGUGUUUCUUCCUAGCCUUCAGAAAUAUAUUUAGGGUAAUAAAUGUCUCUGUAAACGACGAACAUUUUUCACGGUAACAAGAUACAAUUCGUUGUUAUAUUGAAAGCCAAAUAUGGGACAGAUGAAUUUUCACGUGGAAUAAUACAGUGGUUGUAAAAUCAUAUUAGUUCCGUGUUGUAUGGUGACAUGGUAAGGAGUACUCGGAUGAUAACAAGUGUGAUGGACUAAAUUCAAUCCCAUAAUGGAUGGCGACAAUCGAACAUAACUUAUGCAGUAUGAAGCGUUAUGUAGUUGAAGACUAGGCAGAAAUUUGGUGAGUACAACUGUAGUGCGUCAGUGACACAGCGGUUAAGACGCUCGUC